AUGAUUUCUGUAAAUAUUAAAUUUAAAGAAGAAAAGUUUACUAUUGAAUCCGAAUUAGAUGAAUUAAUUUCAGAUAUUACCAUUAAAAUUAAAGAUCAUCUAGAUAUACCACCAAAUAACCAACGUUUAAUUUAUUCCGGUAGAAUUUUAGAUCCAGAAAAAACUUUAAAAGAUUAUAAUUUUAAAGAUGGACAUUGUAUUAUAGUUAUCAUACAUAAAGAAGAAAAAAAUAAUCUUCAUCCCCCUCCAAAUAAUACCACAAAUCUAAAUCCAAAUAAUUCUGUUUAUCCAGCCUCCAACACACCAAUAAAUUCCCCUACUCCAUUUGGUGAAGGUAAUAUAAUUACCAUUACAACAACUAGUCCUGAUCCAUAUGGUGUGAGAUCUAAUGAAGUUCAUGAUCCAGAAGUUGAAAGGGAAUUAUUACAAGUUUUAGAUCAUCCACGUUCUUUCCAAGAAAAUGAAAUGCUUUUAAACAAUCAGAACUUAUUAAGAUUUUUAAUUCAAACAAAUCCUCAUUUACGUCAUAUGGAUAUAAAUGGUGCAAGACAAGUACUGAGAGAUCCUAGAUUACAAAGAGCAUUUAUGGAUGUGAAUUUUUUAAAUCAACAAAUUUCAUUAAGAAGAACUGCCAUUGAACAUGCUAACAAUGGUAUUACUCACCCUGGUAGUAGCAAUGAAACCAUUACCGUCGUCACAAGAAUUGAUGAAUCUGGAAAUCUUGUUGGUAAUGCAGUAGAUCAAGAACAAUAUCGAAGAAAUCAAAUUGAAGUUGCUCUUCAAGCUCAUAGACAAGCUCUAGAUAGAUUACAAAAUCAAAAUCAACAGCAACAGCAUCCACCUCCAGGGAAAUAA